AGCUGUGCCAGGCAGGGUGCCCCUCCACGCUCCCCACAAGCGGUUCCUCUCUCAAGAUUUCAGACACACGUCCGUUACUGCUGGGAGGACCCUCCAGCCCUGCUCAUGGCGCCUUCCUCUCCCCAGCCCUCAGGGGAAGGAGAGCUGUAGGAAAAGGCUUCCUUCCAAGAGGCAAACGCCUGGCCUGCUCUGGGUGCCAAGGCAGCAAGCUGUGCCCAGGCACGGUGACUCAGUGUGUGGUGCGGCUGCCCCGACACCACAGACCCCUGCGUGCAAACAGAGCAAGCUGUGUUCCAGCCACCAGCGCACCUUGGAAGGGCACUACGCAGAGGGCCACAGCGUGUGGAGAGGAGUGUGGAGGGGCUUGCUGUCAAGCUGCCUUUGGACUUGCUACGUAGCCCAGGUUGGCUUCAAACUCACAGAGAUCCUGUCUCAGGCUCUUGAGUGCUGGGAUCACAGGGGGGCAUCUCCACACCUGGAAGUGAUCUUCAAAGAGGCUCUGUGUUGUCAAAUUUGAUGGCCCAGCAGAGAGAGCUACAGCAAUUUGGUGAAGAUGGGAAUGUAUCAGUCCAAAGAGGCAGCAGAAGACGUGGUGUCACAGCUUCCAGGCAGAGAGAUCACCAUGCCUGUGAUCGCCCCCUUACUGCUCCAGAGCCUCCACCUCCCGUGGGGUCCCUGCCCAGCCCUGCACCCAGCUGCCCAUCGUCUCUGCUGAGAAUGAGGGUCAUGAUGCUGUGUCUCAUCUGCUUCUCUGUCACUGUUGCUGAGGGUCACAUGAGCUUCCUGAGGAGACACGAUGACUUCAUAACCAAAGGAGACCUCAGGGUGGAUAAGCCAAGGCCGCCAGGCCCAGCCCGGGAAUUCGAGGUGCUACUGCAGGUGCCCUACAGAAAUUCCCGAGAGAAGGAGCUCCUGCGGAGGACCCUGCUGCAGCUCCCAAGGGGGCCCCCAUCAGGCUGCUUCCCGGGGCCCUCGAGGAUCCUGGGGGUGAAGGCCACCACGUAUUGUCACAGCCACAACGGGGGCCUGCACUGUGCCUGUGAGGACACCUACAGCUGGUUCCCCUUCACCUGUCUCGAUCCCCAGCACUGCCACCUGAAUGUGACCGGGUCCCCCACAAGCUGCGACUGUCAUCUCACCAACUUCAGCCAAAGUGUCAACUUCUGCGAGAGAGCAAAGGUUUGGGGCACUUUCAAGAUUAAGGAACCAUUUACAAAAGACCUUUUGAAUCCGUCUUCUGCUAAAUACUCUAAAUAUGCAUCUACAAUUGAAAAACAACUCAAAGAAGUAUUCAAAAGAAUUCAAGGUUUUGAGUCAGUUCACGUCACCCAAUUUCGAGCUGGAAGUAUCAUCGCGGGCUUUGAAGUCAUCGGCUCCAGCAACACUUCCGAGCUGCUGGCCGGCCUCCAGCGGGAGGCUGCUGCGGCCCAGGCUGCACUCAGCAACGUGCUUCUCCUGCAAGCCGGCUCCUUCACAGUGUCCAGGAAAGUCUCGUGUUACAGCGUGGCCUUUGGGCUUGGGUUUGAGGACAGCGAGUAUACCCAGCCCUGCAGCAGCGGCUACACUGGCAACAUCACAGCGCAGUGCCAGUCCUCGGGGUGGCAGGUGGUGCGGGAGUCCUGUGUGCUCUCCCGGCUACAGGAACUGCUGCAGAACUUCAGUGUGAUCGUGGGCAGUGCCACUGAGGCAGACGUGUCAUCCGUGGUGGGAAACCUCUCGGUCAUCAUGCAGCAGAGCCCGUCCACCACAGUGGGAAGCCUGGCGUCCGUGGUGUCGCUGCUGAGCACGGUUUCAUCCCUCUCCCAGGAGAAGGGGUUCACGGUGUCAGGCUCAACUCUGGAAGAUGUUAUCAGCAUAGCUGACCGCAUCCUUGAUUCGUCUUCAGUUACAAACUGGACAAUCUUAUUGCAAGAGGAAAAGCAGGCCAGCUCCCAGUUCCUAGAGACGCUGGAAAACAUCACCAUGCUGGUACCUUCCUCUGCUCUGCCUCUGAAUUUUUCUGGGAAAUUUAUUAACUGGCAAGGGAUUCCAUGGACCCGAAAUCAAAGCAAACACAAUUACAGCUACCAGGUUGAGAUAUUUCAAGAAGAGAGCCGCCAGCCCAUUUUAGGCCACGUUUUAAUUAAGCCAGACCAAUUCUGGUUCUCUGCUCCAGAAACUAUUACCAGUAUGGCCUCCAUGACCUUCGGGCAAAUCCUGCCCCAGAUCCAAGGUGACCAUGCUCGGGUCAAUGGGCCCUUGCUAUCCACUGUCAUCCAAAACUCUUCCAUCAACGAGAUCUUCCUGCGCUUCUCCAAGAUCGACACAAACCUGAGCCAGCCCUACUGCGUGUUUUGGGAUUUCAGUGACCUGCGCUGGAGCAGCGCUGGCUGUCACCUGGUGAACGAGACUCCGCACACAGUGCUGUGUCGCUGCACUCAUCUGAGCUCCUUCUCCAUGCUGAUGUCGCCCUCUGUGCCUGCUGCAGUCAUCCCUGUGGCGAGGUGGAUCACCUACGUGGGCCUGGCUGUCUCCAUGGCCAGUCUCGUCUUUUGCCUGCUGGUCGAGGCUCUGUUUUGGAAGCAGCUCAGCAGCACCCAGACCUCACACACGCGCCACGUUUGCAUAGUGAACAUAGCCCUGUCCCUCUUGACGGCUGACAUCUGGUUCAUUGUUGCUGCCACCGUGGACCCCGCCGCCACCGGCCCCUCUGGAGUCUGCAUAGCUGCCAUCUUCUUCACUCACUUUUUCUACCUGUCCUUGUUCUUCUGGAUGCUGGUGCUCGGCAUCCUGCUGUCCUACCGAAUCGUCUUCGUGUUCCACCACCUGGCCACUCCUGCGAUGAUGGCCAUCGGGUUUUGCCUGGGCUAUGGGUGCCCUCUUGUCAUAGCCAUCGUCACCAUUGCGGUCACAGAACCUAGCAACAGCUACAGCCGGAAGGACGUGUGUUGGCUCAACUGGUCAGAUGGGAGCAAACCUCUCUUGGCCUUCGCUGUCCCUGCGCUGACCAUCGUGGCUGUGAACCUGGGGGUGGUACUGUUAGUGCUCUCGAAGCUCUGGAGGCCGGCGGUCGGUGAGAGAGCGGCCCGGGAUGACAGGGCCACCGUCAUCCGUAUGGCAAAGGGCCUCCUCGUCCUGGCCCCUCUGCUGGGGCUCACCUGGGGCUUUGGCAUCGGAACCAUGGCGAACAGUCAGAACCCGGCCUGGCAUGUCCUCUUCGCUUUGUCCAACGCGUUCCAGGGGUUUUUCAUCUUCUGCUUCGGCAUACUCCUGGAUAACAAGCUGCGGCAACUUCUGAUCAAAAAGUUGUCUCCGUUGAGCUCUUGGAAGCAAACAUCGAAGCAAAAUUCAUCCAGUGCAACCGCCAGACCUCAACGCUUAAAGUGCUUCUACCCACAGAAAAACAAAGGCAAGUACACGCUUUCUCACUCUGGAGGAUCCUCUAGAGAUGUCACGCUACCUCAGUUCCUAUCAAAUGAGUAAGGCCAGCAUAAAAUCACCGAUUUUAGGAUUGUAAACAACAUUCACACUGAUCGGAGCAACCUGACAUUUAAUGCCUCGCGUCAGAUGAGGUAUUCUGACCCAGGACCAGAGCAUGCUCAUAGCAGCUUCAUCUCUUCCUCUUUUAUCCUGAACUCAGUGGAAAGCAGAUUUAUUUCCAUGUGCUUGAGUCAAAGAAGCUGCUCCCUCGAUGCAGAAGAAUUAAUUCUGUUGGAAAUUCAGCUGUCUGUUCUUCUCAUGACAAGAUGUGCUUCCCUUUCACAAAAUGACCUUGUUCACAUGACCUGUCUAAUCACGGAUUGGAAUAAGCCAACUUCACAGUUAACCUUUGAUGCCUUUCUUUUCAAAAUGUUCUCCUUGCAUACUUCCUAGAAAAAAUGUACUUCCCUUCCAAAUUUUCCAGUUGGAUUUUAUGAUUUUUUUUUCUUCAUGAGUUCAAUCCUUUAGCUUUAAAGUUAAUCUGAAAUAAAAUCAAAACUUGCAUUUCGAUAGCUUUGUAGCCAUUUAUGAGGAUGGACGAUAAUGUGACUCGAUGUGGAGCGGAGCAUUUCACAGUGUGCUGUGCAUUGUCACAUGGUCUCCAACCCAGAAAACCAAGUGUCCAGGUGGACUUGGGGCAAGGAGAAGAAAAGUGAAGUCGCACACCAAAGAUGGCCCAGGCAGCAGGAGACUUGGGAUUGCUUCAGGACUUGGACACUAGCUUGCUGGAAUGAGGGGCACCAGGUGAGAGGCCACAAAGAAGCAGCACACCCCUCCCAUCUUUCUGUCACUCAAGCUCACCUCAGUGUCAGCUGCAGUCACUACAGUGCCUGGAAGAUCCAAGCUGCAGAGUCACCUUCCUGUUUUGAAAGCUACUGAGUGUUAAGCACGUCCUUUAGCUCCUGACGUGAAAGCCUUCAUAAUAGGCAAAUAAAGGUUCUAUGGGGAACGCCUACGAAUGGGACUGGGGUCAACAGGCAUACGCAGAGGAAAUUUGAGCUCAAAGUGCCACAAGGCAUGAACUAGCAACACAGAUGAAGUGUCAAGUGAGAUGCUCAAGCAAAAAGGCCGAGGGCCACUUAGAUGGCUUCACACCCCCUAAACAUAUCCAAGAACCAGAAGAGAAUUUGGUGAGAAAGAUAGGCUUGGAGAAAGCUGCUUUGCAAGCCCCUCCAACCCCUCUUCUAUGAUGACAGGAGGAGGGAUGCCUGCCCCACCGGCGGCGUGGGGAAAGGACUUCGUGAUUGCUUUCUACAGGAUACAGCACAUGGGGGUGCGCGAGGCUGCUGGUGUCUGAUUUGUGCCUGGACUGAGGCCAGGGCUCUGUGUUAGGAUGUGAAUCCUAGGCCACACCUUCAGCCCCAGAACAGCUUCAAAUGUUGUUUACAACCUAAGAAGUAUUUGUGAGAUUAGAUGUGUGGUUCAUUGGCUGCUCACCAGUGUUUGUCAGGGUUAAGGGCUUACCGUGAACCAUAGUGAGAUGUGCGAAAGAGAGGCUACACGGGGCUGCUGGGCCUGUGUGACAGGUGCUCCAGAGAAGGGAAGGAACCCAGCAUCAGAGUUCGGACUUGAUGCCAGGCUUGGAGUAAGGAUGGAGUCAUAAGUGCCCAGCUUGGGUACGGAAGCUUCUGCACAGCUGAAGGACCUGCAGGUGGGAGACCAGGACUGGGGCAGUGCUGAGAGCCAGAGUGGCUACCAUGCAGCGUCAUGUCCCCUGACACCGGGUGAGGGGAGCCCUCUCUCUUCCUGGGUGGUGGAGGGGAGGUGGAGACCGUCAGUGCCCAGGCUGGGGAGGCAAAGUGGAAAAACUAAGGGAGAGAGCGAGCGAGGGUCAGUGAGGCUGCGUGAUCAGCCGAAGGCCUGGCGCGGCUGGAGGAGAAGAAACAUUUCAUAUUGAAGUGCUUGUCACUUUUUAUCACAUUAUUAUCAAGUAUUUAAAUUUAUCAAGGCGUCCCUUUGUCCGGGCCCCUAGGAGUCCUGGAGGAUAUCUGGGGAAGAGGAAAUCGCCCACUGAAUAAUUGGGCGAUAAAAAUUGGGCAAAAAAAUA